CGCUUCUAGCAUUGGGCUUUUACAGACUGCUGCUCGUGGCCCUGAUGACUGCAGACCUCGUGCAUUUCUGCCGCGGUCGGGGCCGGGGCCGAGAUCUGGGCCGGGACCAGACCUGAGCAGCCACGGGCGCCCCUCUCGCCCUCCGCCGCGCGCCCCCUGCCGGUCUCAGCGGGAACAGACUAAGCGCGCCUGGGGCUUCUCUGCGCCUGCGGACCCGGGCCGAGCGCCCUGCCCCUCUUCCCGGCGUGCUCUCCCCUUGGCCCCGCCCCUUCUCUACCACCGCCUCUGACGCAAGACUGGGGCGGGGCAGCCGACAGCGGAUUCCCGAGCCUAGACCCACCCCUCUCCGGAGACUGCGCCUGCGCGCUCGGGACGUCUGCUGCGCGAUGACCGUGAGUGGUCCAGGGACCCCCGAGCCCCGGCCCGCCGACCCCGGGGCCAGCUCAGUGGAACAGUUGAGGAAGGAUGGCAACGAGCUGUUCAAAUGCGGGGACUACGAAGGCGCCUUGACGGCCUACACCCAAGCCCUGGGUCUGGGCGCAACGCCCCAGGACCAGGCCAUUCUGCACCGGAACCGGGCCGCCUGCCACCUCAAGCUGGAAGAUUACGACAAAGCAGAAACCGAGGCAUCCAAAGCCAUUGAAAAGGACGGUGGGGAUGUCAAAGCACUUUACCGGCGGAGCCAAGCCCUAGAGAAGCUAGGCCGCCUCGACCAGGCCGUCCUUGACCUGCAGAGAUGUGUGAGCCUGGAGCCCAAGAACAAAGUUUUCCAGGAGGCCCUGCGGAACAUCGCGGGCCAGAUUCAGGAGAAGGUGAGUUACAUGUCUUCGACGGAUGCCAAAGUGGAGCAGAUGUUUCAGAUAUUAUUGGACCCACGAGAAGAAGGCACUGAGAAAAAGCAAAAGGCAUCUCAGAACCUGGUGGUGCUGGCCCGGGAGGAUGCUGGAGCUGAGAAGAUCUUCCGGAGCAACGGGGUUCAGCUUUUGCAGCGCCUGCUGGACACGGGAGAGCCCGACCUGAUGCUGGCGGCCCUGCGCACACUAGUCGGCAUUUGCUCUGAACACCAGUCACGGACAGUGGCGACCCUGAGUGUGCUGGGAACUCGGAGGGUGGUCUCCAUCCUGGGCGUGGAAAACCAGGCCGUGUCCCUGGCUGCCUGCCACCUGUUGCAGGUUAUGUUUGAUGCCCUCAAGGAAGGCGUCAAGAAGGGCUUCCGUGGCAAAGAAGGCGCCAUCAUCGUGGAUCCCGCCCGGGAGCUGAAGGUCCUCAUCAGUAACCUCUUGGAGCUACUGACUGAGGUGGGGGUCUCAGGCCAAGGCCGAGACAGUGCCCUGACCCUCCUGAUUAAAGUGGUGCCCCGGAAGUCUCCUAAGGACCCCAACAACAGCCUCACCCUCUGGGUUAUCGACCAAGGUCUGAAAAAGAUUCUGGAGGUGGGGGGCUCCGUGCAGGACCCUCCCGGGGAGCUCACAGUGACAGCAAACAGCCGUAUGAGCGCCUCCAUUCUCCUCAGCAAGCUCUUCGAUGACCUGAAGUGUGAUGCCGAGAGGGAGAACUUCCACCGACUCUGUGAAAACUACAUCAAGAGCUGGUUUGAGGGCCAAGGGCUGGCUGGGAAGCUGCGGGCCCUCCAGACGGUGUCCUGCCUCCUGCAGGGCCCGUGUGAUGCCGGCAACCGGGCCCUGGAGCUGAGUGGCGUCAUGGAGAGUGUGAUCGCUCUGUGUGCCUCGGAGCAGGAGGAGGAGCAGCUGGUGGCCGUGGAGGCCCUGAUCCACGCGGCUGGCAAGGCCAGGCGGGCCUCGUUUAUCACGGCCAACGGCGUCUCGCUGCUGAAGGACCUGUACAGGCGUGGCGAGAAGGACAGCAUCCGCAUCCGGGCGCUGGUGGGACUCUGUAAGCUCGGCUCGGCCGGAGGGACGGACUUUAGCAUGAAGCAGUUUGCUGAAGGCUCCACGCUCAAACUGGCCAAGCAGUGUCGAAAGUGGCUGUGCAAUGACCAGAUCGAUGCGGGCACUCGGCGCUGGGCGGUGGAGGGUCUGGCCUACCUUACCUUCGAUGCCGAUGUGAAGGAGGAGUUUGUGGAGGAUGAGGCUGCGCUGAAGGCUCUGUUCCAGCUCAGCAAGUCCGAGGAGAGGUCGGUGCUCUUUGCAGUGGCCUCGGCGCUGGUGAACUGCACCAAUAGCUACGACUACGAGGAGCCGGACCCCAAGAUGGUGGAGCUGGCCAAGUACGCCAAGCAGCACGUGCCCGAGCAGCACCCCAAGGACAAACCGAGUUUCGUGCGGGCUCGGGUUAAGAAGCUGCUGGCGGCUGGUGUGGUGUCGGCCAUGACGUGCAUGGUGAAGACCGAGAGCCCUGUGCUGACCAGUUCCUGCAGGGAGCUGCUCUCCAGGGUCUUCCUGGCUUUGGUGGAGGAGUUCGAGGACCGCGGCACCGUGGUUGCUCAGGGAGGGGGCAAGGCUCUGCUCCCGCUGGCCCUGGAAGGCACUGACGUGGGGCAGACGAAGGCAGCCCAGGCUCUUGCCAAGCUCACCAUCACCUCCAACCCAGAGAUGACCUUUCCCGGUGAGCGGAUCUACGAGGUGGUCCGGCCCCUCGUCUCUCUCCUGCACCUCAGCUGCUCUGGCCUGCAGAACUUUGAGGCACUCAUGGCUCUAACAAACCUGGCAGGGAUCAGCGAGAGGCUCCGGCAGAAGAUCCUGAAGGAAAGGGCUGUGCCCAUGAUUGAGGGCUACAUGUUUGAGGAGCAUGAGAUGAUCCGCCGGGCAGCCACCGAGUGCAUGUGUAACUUGGCCAUGAGCACGGAGGUGCAGGAUCUCUUUGAAGCCACGGGCAGUGACCGGCUGAAGCUGCUGGUGCUGUACAGUGGAGAGGACGACGAGCUGCUACGGCGGGCGGCUGCUGGGGGCCUGGCCAUGCUCACCUCCACGCGGCCCUCGCUCUGCAGCCGCAUCCCCCAAGUGACCACACACUGGCUGGAGAUCCUGCAGGCCCUGCUUCUGAGCCCCAACCAGGAGCUACAGCACCGGGGCGCUGUGGUGGUGUUGAACAUGGUGGAGGCCUCGAGUGAGAUUGCCAGCACCCUGAUGGAGAGCGAGAUGCUAGAGAUUUUGUCAGUGCUGGCUAAGGGCAAGGAGAGCCCAGUCAUGAGGGCUGCCGCCGCUUGUCUGGGGAAAGCAGUGGAAUAUGGGCUUAUCAGACCCAGCCAGGAUGGAAAGUGAGGACCUGCCUCACACACGCUACCUAUCGCAGCACAGGGAGCGAGGACAGACAUGGCCUUGGCUGGUGGGUGCUGGGGUGUCUCCUGCCCAGCUGCCCUUUGAUGUCCUCUGUUCUGAGUCAGGGGCCACGUUCACAGCCCUACUCUGCCAGCACUGCCUCCAGCCUCACGCAGCAGGGAACUUUUCCUGUACUACUUAGACAGCUGGGAACGGGGAAGGUGCGUCCUAACUCAGCCUGUGGAUUCCCUGCACUGGGAAGGACCCAGCUGUGAGCCUCACCAGCUAUGAGCCUCACCUGAGCCUGCUGGCAGGACCACCCCUCAUCCUCUAAUAAAAAGUGUGUGGAACUCAAAUAUGUGCCCAGUCAGUGGGCAGGGAGGGCUGGCUGUGGGCCAGAGCGUGGAGCAGGAGCUGGGCAUGGCUGAGCGUGUGGGCAGCUUUUCAGCAGCACAGCCACCUCUGUGGAAGGAAUCCAAUGAAUUCCCACCCCAGGGCCCGCUGAAUUGCUUUUUAAUCCUUGUAGAGGGCCAAAGGGUAAAUGUAAGCAAAUCAAUAAAGUAUCCAGUCGCAUGAAAACACAUGCAUUAGGUUUUUCAA